AUGCCCGUUAGUUUUAAGGUUAGAACUGUUCCUUUUGAUGGAAGCAAUGAAGGAUUUCAGGAGGUUUUGGACCCUGACUUUGCAGACUCAGCAAUUGGGUCUAUAGCAUCCAUUGUGAUUCUGGUGACAUCGCCUAGUGGCCUUCCCCUCUCUGAGGGGAAAGCUCUAAAGAAGGGGUGCCAACCAGCUGAGUUAACAACUGUGACAUGGUGCAACAUGCAUGACAUGUGCAACGACCAUGCAACAAUGUGUCUGUAUUCUCUGAAAAAAUGUCUUUCAUUAUUAGCAAUAAGCUUUAUCAUCAUCUGCUUAAAAGAUUCCCUUCCACAGGCUUUAUUCUACUCUGCUCUGUGGUGCUCUUGUGAAAUAAUUGCUAUUUAUACUUCUAAGAACCUGGUCCAUGCUAUUGAUACCAGGCUUGGUGCUCUCUCUUUCCACUUAAGAGAGUACUAUUGGGUGGAUAUGAAGAAAAUCAAUGAGAUCUAUUGCUACAAGACUGAAGAAUAUUCCCAUGAUGCUGUUAACAAGUUUAAUAUAUAUCAAGAGCAAAUUCCUUCUUGGCUAGUGGACUGGAUUCCUGAGAAAGGAGGCUACCUUAUUGGGAAUCUACAACCAGCUCACAUGGACUUUAGGUUCUUCUUUCUUGGCAAUUGUUGGGCCAUAGUUUCUUCUCUAACAACUUCAAGACAAGCUGAGGGCAUUCUCAAUGUUAUUGAAGAUAAGUGGGAUGAUCUUGUGGCAGAUAUGCUUAAAAUAUGCUACUCUGAUUUAGAAUAGGGGCAAUGGUGUAUAAUCACUGGCAGUGAUCCAAAGAACACAUGACUGUUUCUUUUACAUGCUUUUAACUUUUUGAUUCCUAUACGUGAUGGAUGCUUCUAAUUGGCACCUUUCAGAGAGCUUUUGAAAUGAUUUCCUGAGGCAUCCUUCUUCUUCUUAAUUUUUCAUGUUAUUAAGCUUGAGGCAGCUUAAGCAAGCAUUCAGUGGCUAUAAAACCACUAGCAGGACUUUUCCCUGCUAGUGAUGCAGGAAUUUUAGAAAAAUAGGCAUGAACUCUUUUUUAACAAGUAGAGUCAUGACAAUGGUGGAUCUUGGCCUACGCUACUAUGGA